AUGCCUCAAGCCUCGGCAGGCAUUCCCGCUCGACCCGCCGCUCCAGCUCCCGCUCGACCCGUCGUCCCAGCACCAGUUGUUCCAGCUCCUGUCGUUCCUGCUCGACCCGUUGUUCCAGCCCCAGUUGUUCCAGCGCCAGUUGUUCCAUCGCCCGAACGUCCAAGCACUCCUAGCAAGGCUGUCACCACUACUAAGGCGGUGGUGACGACACCUGCCCAGGCUAGCCAGCCCUCUCGAGUCUCGUAUUCUGGCGCAAAGAUAGUUGGGACGGCCGAAUUGCCAUCGUCGUUGUCAACAGCCAUAUUCCCUGAGGGCGCCUCGAGCACCGACAUCCCCAAGCACAGCGGCUCUCUUGGGAUCAACGGGCUUCCUCAGAGCAAGACCAACGGUAACUCGCUGCUCGGCACACUUUGGGCACCUACAUACGACAGGUAUGUGGGAGACGCACCGGGUCAAUGCAACUCCACGGUGGCUCCAGCGGGAGGGUGGCCAUGGGGAGACCGAACAGCAAGCGGCACCAACCCGUACACUUCAGCCCCUGUCACCGGUGUUGUUCGCUCAUAUAACUUUGAGAUCUCGCGAGGCUAUCUGGCCCCGGACGGGGUCGAAUUGGAGGUCUUGUAUGUGAAUGGCGGGUUCCCUGGUCCUACCAUUGAAGCCAACUGGGGCGAUACAAUCCAAGUCACAGUCACAAACAGCAUUACCGGCCCCGAGGAAGGCACAUCUCUCCACUGGCACGGAUUGUUACAACAAGGCACCCCCUUUGAGGACGGUGUGCCUGGAAUCACUCAAUGCCCUAUCGCUCCUGGACAAACCUUCACUUACACGUUCAAUGCUGAUCUUUACGGCACUUCUUGGUAUCAUUCCCACUACAGUGCACAGUAUGCUGGCGGUGUCAUUGGUGCAAUCAUCAUUCACGGACCCCAGAAUGCUGUCUAUGACCAGGAUCUUGGACCAGUCAUCUUGUCAGAUUACUUCCAUGAGGAGUACACCACCCUAGUUGCAGAUGUUAUGAGCACAGACCUCUCCAAGAUUAUGCCCAUGGCAGACAACACCCUUAUCAAUGGCAAAGGGUUCUACGACUGCUCCUCAAUGGAAGACAACUCGACAUGCACGCCCAAUGCUGGGGUCUCCAAGUUCCAAUUCACCUCCGGAGAAUCUUAUCGUCUGCGGCUCAUCAAUGCUGGCGCUGCUGCUACGCAGCUGUUCAGCAUCGACAACCAUACUCUUACCGUGAUUGCAUAUGACUUUGUUCCCAUUCAGCCAUACACCACGGACGUCGUGACCCUCGGAGUUGGCCAGCGUGCGGACGUGAUCGUUCAAGCGACUGGGAUGCCCACCUCGGCGGUCUGGAUGAGAUCCAUAGUCCCUGCACGUUGUGGCGGCACCACACAGCCCGUAGGUGUCGGAAUCGUCUACUAUCAGAACGCGAACACCACUUCCGAACCAAGCUCAAGCUCACAGGCAUGGCCCAUUUCACAGACGUGUGCCACUGACCCACUCAGCCAGACUGUCCCGUAUGUCCCCAUUACGCCACCUCAGUCGAUGACGACCGUCCAGGUUGGGCUCAAUUUUGAGAUCAACGCCACCGGACACUUCCUAUGGGCCAUGGACGGCUCGACUUUCCGCACUGACUACAAUGACCCCAUUCUGCCGCUCGCAAUCGCUGGUAACGACAGUUUCCCCGAAGAGUGGAAUGUCUACAACUUCGGCAGCAACACGAGUUUUACCAUCGUCGUCAACAACGACAGCCCCCUUGUGCACCCCAUGCAUAUUCACGGCCACAACAUGUAUGUCUUGAACGAAGGCUCUGGCCGUUGGGACGGUAGCGUUGUCAAUCCUUCCAAUCCGAUGAGAAGGGACGUUGUCCAGCUUCAACCGGGUGGAUACAUGGCAUUUCAACUGGACGCGGUCAACCCAGGCGUGUGGCCUUUCCACUGCCACAUCGCAUGGCAUGUGAGCGCCGGUCUGUACAUGAAUAUCCUGGAGAGAACCGACCUCCUCCCUUCAGUCGACGUUCCUGCCAGCGUCAGCAAUCUUUGCAACGCAUGGUCUGCCUUUACGGCCGAGGGUCCUAUUGAUCAGAUCGACUCGGGCUUGAAGAAGCGAGACCACAGCCACCUCGGACGACAUAAGCACAAGCACGCAAACAUUGUUCGAAGGACGUUGUAA